UGUAUGCAUUAUUUUUUAUGUAAAAGGAAAUAUGAAUAAGGCUGGUUAAUAGAAGCCAGAAUGAAAACACUAGGGAUCAUACGAUGUGUUCGCUCUGCUGUCGAUUGCUUUUGACUAGAAUGAGGCAGACUAGUAAUUGUGAAUCUGAUGUGGGACUUCCUGGUGUGGCACUGCUUUUCACUUGAAUUGGGAAACAUCAUUUACCAGAAGUCUUCUCUCUGAUCGGAUGUGUAAUCCAAUCAUCGGGCGUUUAAUAUAUUAACCCCAGCUGUGAUAUCUGACAGCGAUCGACAGAGAAGAAGCUUCAUUUACGUCUACGUCAGGCUCAGCUGUGCUCUAGCCAUGUCCGCUUCGGCUGGAUGCUCCCCGGCGGGCCAGGGCUCGGGCCUCGGUCCCGGUAUGUCUAUGUUCCGCUGGUUGGAAGUACUGGAGAAGGAGUUUGACAAGGCCUUCGUGGAUGUGGAUCUACUGUUUGGAGAAAUAGAUCCCGAUCAGGUCGAUAUAACGUACGAGGGUCGGCAGAAGAUGACCAGCCUGAGCUCCUGUUUUGCUCAGCUGUGUCACAAAACCCAGACGGUGUUCCAACUCAACCAUAAACUAGAGGCUCAGCUGGUGGACCUGCGUUCUGAGCUUACGGAUGCUCAGUCUGAACGGGUGGUGUUUGAGAGAGAGGUCCAUGACCAGCUUCUACAGCUUCAUGCUCUCCAGCUGCAGCUUCAUGCCAAGCAAGGCCAGGCUGAGGACUCUGACUCUAUCAAAGACAGACUGGAACAGGAGCUCGAGGCCAGCAAGAAAGAAAAAUUAGCAGAAGCGAGGCUAGAGGCAGAAGUGAGACUAUAUAAAAAGGAAAAUGAGGCCCUCCGCAGGCACAUGGCAGUUCUUCAGGCUGAAGUGUAUGGAGCCAGACUGGCUGCCAAAUACUUGGACAAGGAACUGGCUGGCAGAGUGCAGCAGAUCCAGUUACUGGGUCGUGACAUGAAAGGGCCAGCACAUGACAAGCUGUGGAACCAACUGGAGGCAGAGAUUCACCUUCAUCGCCACAAGACUGUCAUCAGAGCAUGUAGGGGUCGCAAUGAUCCCAAGAAACCUCUCCCCUCACCUGUUGGACAUAACUCGGACAUGUUGAAGAAAACCCAGGGAGUAGGCCCUAUCAGAAAGGUGGUGCUAGUCAAAGAUGACCACGAGGGCUUGGGAAUCUCCAUUACAGGUGGGAAGGAGCACGGCGUUCCGAUUCUAAUUUCGGAGAUCCAUCCCAGCCAGCCCGCGGACAGAUGUGGAGGUCUGCAUGUCGGAGACGCCAUUCUUGCCGUCAAUAGCAUCAAUUUGCGUGAUGCCAAACACAAGGAGGCGGUCACCAUUCUGUCUCAGCAGGGAGGGCAGAUAGAGUUCGAGGUGGUGUACGUGGCUCCAGAGGUGGACAGCGAUGAUGAGAAUGUGGAGUAUGAAGAUGACAGCGGACAUCGCUACCGACUCUACCUGGAUGAACUGGAGGAUGGUAAUUCAGCACCACCUAGUGACAAUUCAGCAUCACUGCAGGCUCUGGAGAAGAUGACACUGAGCAACGGGCCAGAGAACGGCGAUACCGGCAUCUCCCAUGAGACACCUUCAGAGGAAACCUCUUCGAAACCCCCCGACACUGACUUCUCCUCCUAGAGUCUCAGCUAUUAGAAGAGAAAGCAAGAGGAUUGGUGAAAGAAAUCCCUUUCAAAGAACUGAGUCAAAGAAUUCUAUGACGUGCAGAAACAAUGCCCCUUUUUUUCCCUUUUUUCUCUUGGUAUUCUUUGCGUGUUGGGAUUUCAGGGGUUCAGCCUGGGCAUGUGGUAAUCAGUCCGUUUACAUGCACUGAAGUAACCGGGUUACAGUGAGCUUUCUCCUGAAGUCAGCUGAUUUCUUAACUGUCGUGUCAUGGAGAACUGCAAACAGGGUGUGGGAUGAAGGAAGCCUUUUUUCCCCAGUUAGAUUUCUCUGCUAUAUAUCUCGGCUAUGUAUACAUGUUACCAGUGUGCUAAUUGGCUUUUUACAUGUAUGCAUGCACGUGACAAAAGACUGCAAACAGGGACGGUUAACAGCAGAAUUACUGAAUGAAAGCAGAGGCCGUUACAUGGAGCGACCCAUUCUCAUAUUUAAAAUAAUUCCAUCCAAAGAUCAACUAACACAAAGUAGCCUGUAAAA